AACAAGGAUUAAUUUCUUUUCAUUACCUGAUUAACCUGGUUGUGUUUUUGGUUGUUGGUGCAGCACUGGCUGGUGUGAUGUCUAAAGUGAGUUAAUCCACUAACCCUGGGGUCCAGGAUUGGAAUCUCUCUCGGCUGACUGAGCGUCUACAUACAGACUUAUAAACCUUUACGGAGGCGGGAUACGGAGUGCUGUCCAAUCAAAGGCAUGGGAAGGGGCUCGAGGGUUGUGGUCCUGCGUAGGCUGGGAGAAGAUCCGCCAAAUUCAAACUGCAGACAGAAGCGGAGCAGCAUCACUGCGCAGUGGGAUAGCAGAUCUCAGGGCCCCCAGCAUGUCAUCAUCUAUAACAAGUGGUGUGACUGAGCUCAGCUCCACAGUGUCUGGGAUGUGGCGUUCCCACAGUGUGCUUUCUGAAUCGGAGGGCGAGAGUUCCCCAGAGAAUGUGCAGCAGUUCCGCAAGAUGCGCUCCUCCACCUCACUGAAUUCCCUGCGCAUGUCACUGAGGAAGCGUUUUCCUCUAAAGUCUGUGCAACCCAACACUAUUAUUCCAGAGAAUCCCACCUGUGAGUCACUACAGAUCAACAAAAAACCCAGCACAGUGACCCAGAUCAAACGCACUGCUAAGAACUCCAUUGGCAAUGCUUAUCAGAAGUUUCAAAAGAUCAACACUUCACGUGAGGAGUACCUGGUCAGAACUCCUGGCAAAACAGCAGAAAACAAAUGUACUGCUUCAGCCACACGUACCCCCAAACGCCAGGUCAUGACACCCAGGUGCACCCCAAGAUCAGGCACCAAGCGCAUGCCAAAAGCAGCAGCCACUCCUGAGUCCAGUGAUGCAGCUGUGAGAGCAGUGAGAACGGGGGGCACUAGAAGGCAGCUGGUUCGCAUGGCAGCACUAAGGAGUCCUUUUGCAUCACCCAACACAAUAAACCGUCGCAGGGAGUUGGAUCAGGAUCUGGAUUGUGUAUCAAAAGGCCUGAUGAAAUUAAAGCGCCUCUCUAUGGCUUUUGAUGAUGUUAUCGGGAGACAGGAACGGAGUGAAGCUAUGGAGCGCUACAAAAGAGUGUUGGCUCAGAGUUACUCCAACCAGAGCAACACCACGGAAAAAUUCAAUCCAUCUUCUGUCCGCCAGAAGAGCCGACGAAUCCGACACAGAGUGGCCAGCUGGACCGACGGUGCUGUGUGAAACCUCCUCAAAACCACAUGAUGUGGGACCCCACCCAUUACCUACAGUUAACUUCACACUAUGAGAGUAUCUGAGUCUUUGUACAUAUGCAUGUCACGGCCUUGGCUUGGUCCAGUAGUAGUGGCUUCCUGAGGGAACUUUUUUUUCCUCAUGGUUACUGUUAGUUUCAGUGUGUGUUGUAUAAGAACUAUCUUCAUGUUUAACUGCUUGUGUGAUCUGUUGAGGUACAAGCGUAGAAGUAUUAAGUCCAUUUUAUAAGGAGAUCGCUGCCAUGCUGUUACAGUGUAAGUAUCCAGCACCAAAUUUGCAUUGUGAAAAAAACAAGUGUCAAAGUCUGACAAAUGACAAGUGUUACAAAUAUUAUAGUGUGAUAUAAAGGGCUCAUUAUCAAAAUUAUCUUUCUACUUUUGUAUCAAAAUGGCUUUUGUACCAAAGACUAGUAAUAGGUAAAUAUCAGCAAUGUUACACUUCUUAAUUUGUUUAAUACUAACACUAGUGAAAUAGCAGGAGGAGCAGGAGUCUUCAUCAGAUAGUUUACUAAUAAACUAGUUUUCUAGUUGCAUUGUAUUGUAUUCACUAAGCUGCCUCUUUUAUUGUGGCAUUUCUGUUUCUUACUGAAAAAAGAAAUCACUGCCACAAUAAUGUGACUUAUCUGCAUCUUUAUUUUCUCUUUUGUAAGCUAAAAAAGUAACUGACACUAAUAGCUGUGAACUGUAAUCACACGGAAGAAUACGGUGCAAUUUUGUUUGAGAAGAAAACGAUUUGAAUUGCAAAUAGUGUCAGAAUGACCUGUAAUACAAACAUUAACCUUUUGUACCUAUUAAAAAAACCUUUUUAUUUA